GUUCUUGGGCCAUGGCGGAGGAUUGUAGCGCCUGUGGGCGCGCCGGCACUGUCACGACCGAUCCGCUCUCCGGCCUCUUUUGCUGCUGCGAAUGCGGCGUGGUCGUGGACGACGACGCGCUGGGCUCCGAUCACCAGGUAGGGCUCGUCGGUGAGCGCGGGGGAACUCUCGUAGCCGGCGAAGGGAUCGGAGCUCUCGCCGGCAAGCGAUUCCUCUAUCGCAACGGUGGCAGUGAUCAGUAUUUCGCGAAGAAGAAGCAGGAUGCGCUGCGGCGGAUCCGGGACGUGGCGGCGGCGCUGAGGCUCCAGCCCAACGACGCCGACGAGGUGGAGGCUAUGGUGGAUCGCGCGACGAAUGGAGACUGGGGGUCUGGGAGAUGGUUCGAUGCUCUAGUGGGCGCUUGCGCCUAUGUGGUGGUGAGGAAUCACAGGCUUCCACUGACGCUGGUGGAGGUGGCCUACGCGAGCGACUGUGGCGUUCGCGAGCUCGGGCGAGUUCUUGGCAAGCUUGUCAGGGAGUUUGCCAUGGCGCUGCCGCAGGAGGAUCCCAUCGUCUUCCUCGAGCGCCUGGUUCUCACGCACGCUGGAUUCUCGAAGCUAAGCAGGGAUGCCGCGAGGAAGAUCAUCGGGCAGUGCCGGGUUCUUCUCGAGUGGAUGGCGACUUGGUUUGUGAGCACCGGGCGUCACGCGCUCCCCGCUGCCGCGGCCGCGCUGGUUAUCGUGGCGGACGCGAACAGGAUCGAGAUUGGCCUGGAGGAGGUCUCGAGCGAGCUCCACUCGCCGGUGGCGACGUCCAUGAAGCGCUUCCGCGAGAUCCAGGAGGCGCUCGUCAGCACCAUGAAGACGUUCCCGUGGUGCAAGACGGUCGUGACCACCAAGAACAUAUCGUGCCACUUGUGCUUCAUGCUGCGCUACUUGGAGACGAGCCUCAAGCUGGGCAAGAAGAGGAGGCGAGAGGACUCCAGUGCCAUCGAUCGGGUACAAGAUGAGGAUCAAAGCUACUCACAAGAUGAGGAUCAAAGCCACUCGAAGAACAAGAAGCUGAGGCAUUUGCCAGAGGAGAGCCCGGUUCUCCCCGUGUCUUUCAUCGCGAGCAGGAGCUCGCGGUGUGCGAGGAUCGUCAAGGCGGAGCUUGCUACUCAACGCAUUGCCAGCGCGAAGCGAUCCCUGGCCAGAGGAAUGCCUGUGGAUAAAGAUCGACCGGAGGGCGGACUGGAUUGCGAGGACAUGACGAUCGAGAGCCUUCUCCUGCGUGGAGUAACUCGGGAUCAGAUCGAGCAGGGAUACUACGAGUCGCUCAUCGCCGAUCUUGCUCCAGGCGGCGACGAUCAGCCCAUCUCUGACGACGAGCUCGCCAAGUAUUUCUACACCAAGGACGAGGCAUCGCGGCUGGCGCAGCAAAUCAAGCUCCAAAACAUCCUAAGCGCGGAGAGAGAGAAGCUCCGACCAUUGUAAAGAUCUAGACUUGUACAUAUAAAUUUUUCGCGGGAAUUAUUUCAAAUCCCAGCC